CGACGGCUGCUGACGUUGCCACUUUCCAGCUGAGCCCUUCCAUGUUUGCUUGCGUGUGUGUGUGUAUGUGUGGUGCGUGCGUGGGUCUGCCGCAUUAAAUUUGGAUUUUACUCCGACUUGGACCUGACCCGGAUUUGAAACUCGGACCACGACGAUGAUGCGACUGGAGCUGAUGCUGGCCGGCCUCCUGCUGCUCUGCGCCACCGGCGCCAGCGCCUGGCACUCGGAGGAACUGGAGAUCUUUGACUUGGUCGAGGAGGUAAACCGCAACUUCUACGAGUUCAUGGGCAUCAACCAAACGGCAACGGGCGCCGAGGUGAAGCGCGCCUUCCGCACCCUGUCCAUUGUCCUGCAUCCGGACAAGAAUCCGGCCGAGGAUGCCAACAUUCAGUUCCGCAACCUCGUUUCCAUCUACGAGGUCCUCAAGGAUCCCUCGCGCCGAGAGAAGUACGACCGGGUGCUAAAGGAGGGCAUGCCCAACUGGAAAUCUGCCCUCUACUAUUACCGACGGAUGCGCAAGAUCGGCCUCUACGAGGGCGCCUUCAUCCUCUUCCUGAUUACCACCGUGGGCCAGUAUCUAUUCGCUUGGGCGGCCUACCUCGAGAAGAAGUACACCGCCGAACAGGUGUUUGGCUCCAAGCUGAAAAAGCUGCAGAAGAAGAACAAGAACAUCGACAUGGACGUGAUCCUCAGCGAGAUACCGAUGCCCUCGCUCCUGAACACCCUGCCCAUCCAGAUCCCAUUGGCCCUGUGGAACAUGCCGCGCACCAUCAAGAACGGAUUCAGCAAGGCCAACGAGCUUAAGGAACUGGCCUUGGAGAAGCGCAGGCAGGAGCUGGAGGCCGCCCGUCGUCAGGAGGAACUAGAGCGGGAGGCAGAGGAGCAGGCGCGCCUGCGCAAGGAGCACAAGGAGAAUCUGCGAAAACGCAAGCAGAACAGCAAGGCUCCAGAGAAAACCGAGGAUGAGUUGCGCGGCUAUUCGCAGAUCCAGGCGCGCGAAAUGACCGAUGAAGAUGCAGUUCGUCCUGCUUCCCAGAAGAGCACGGUGAGCGGCGGCUUCUGGACUGACGAGGAUCUUACCGAGCUGAUUCGCUUGGUAAAGAAGUAUCCAGGCGGAGCUGGCAGCCGCUGGAACACCAUCGCCGAAUCGAUGAACCGCAGCGUUCAGGAGGUGACCUUCAUGGCGGCCAAGAUGAAGGAGAACGGCUACCGCAUUCCCGGCCAAACGGAAAGCGUGGCCGAGGCUCUGGUCCAGGAGUCGCAGCAGGCGCAGCGCAAGGAGAAAGUGAAGAAGGCAGCUGCAAAUGCAGGUGCUUCGGCUGAGAAGAGCAUGCUCAUUCCGGAGACCAACUGGACGCAGGAGCAGCAGCGCGCCCUGGAGGCUGCGAUAGUCAAGUACCGAAAGACGGCCGGCGGAGACCGUUGGCAAAAGAUCGCCAACAGUGUGCCGGAGAAGACCAAGGAGGAGUGCCUGGUGCGCUACAAGUAUCUCUGCGAGCUGGUCAAGACGCAGAAGCGGGCCGAGGAGGAGGCCAACGAGCCGGACGAGGGUGUAGCCGCCAUCGAGGAAGAGCUCCCCGAGGAGGAGCCCCAUGCGCCGCCAGAACCGGAAGAGGCGCCAGCCUCCAAGAAGCUUAGCAAGCGGGAGCAGCGACGUCGUAAGCGGAACCUAUCCAGUGGCGAGGACUCGGACGAUGCAUAUCAGUACGAGAUCAGUUAGUCGGAAAGCCGGCUUCCAUUCGGUCCUGCUGCGGAUCAUCCUCGUGUGGCUCAAAUCUAGACGUAAUUGAAUUUUUUUAUAUUUUGCAUUAAAGACUUUCUGGCACAGCAUUCUGGACCUAGCCUAUCCUAAUCCGCGGCCCGAUCCUCCGCCCCUUCCGUUUCCAUCACUGUGUGUAGCGCUCAUCUUAUGUUUUGUACAUAAUUCUAUAUUGUAAACAUCUAAAUGUCGAUUAAUUUUGCUAAGUAAACGAAAUGUGUAAGGCAGUGAA